AUGGAGAAGCUCAUACUGCGCGGUACGUUUUAUGCCGAGUCGCUGCUCCUGCGCCUGCGUCGGAACUGUGGAAGUUUGGUUGCCCUGUUGAUCUUGACAGCUCAUGGACCCCUGCGCGUCGUUGGGAGCGAGUAAUGGGCACACAUGCAGCGAGUCACUCGACUAACAUGGCUGCCUCACUCCUUUAGGUGUCAUGUAUGGCGCCGAUAAAAUUCCCGAUUCCUUUUUCGACAGAAUUCCCGGCGGCUAUUACAGGGCGAAAGAGAAGAAGGACGAAAUGACCAAGAAGAAGCGUAGGAGUCGGAGGACGUAUAGUGACGACGAGUACGAGGGUGACGAGAGCAGACGUGGGAGAGAUGACGGAUACCGAUCGGAAGGACAUGGACGACAUGACAAGUCCUACGAUGGAAACGACGACGAGCAUUACGAUAAUAUCAACCACCGACCUAGGCGGCAGAGGAGUAGGGCGGAUAUCUACAGAGGUCGUGACGAGCGAUCGGAUCGUUCUUCCCGUCACAACGAGCCGCGAGUGGACGGAGGAUUCUCUUACGGAGGUUCACCUGUCGUUCCACCACCCAUGUCUCCAAGUCAAGCGGAUGUGGUAGCUGCUGCGACCGCCGCGACCGCGGCGACUGCUGCUGCCGCCGGCCUUGACUCUCCUGAAUUUCCUCCAUAUCCCCAGGCGUCGCCUCUGGAAACCAGCUACUCGCCUCGGCAGUUCUCGCCCCAACCUCAAGCGCCAGCCGGUUACCAGAACCCAGCCCAACACAAUCGUUCGACUUCGACCCUCCGCGGCGGCAUGGCUACCGGAUACGUUCCAUACGCAGAUAUCUACGGAGGACCAACAUUCAACCCACCUCCAGCAUCCGACAUAGGAUCCGUCCAACCCAACUACAUGAACCAAGUCGCGCCACCAGUCGCGCAGCCACCAUAUCAGCAAAACCCAUUCGCCCAAGAAGCCCCCUUCGGCUUUCAACCAGGCUACGUUCCGGAUCCCUAUCACAAGCCAGGACACUACGAUGAGCGCUACGAGCCAAGCCGUGGCGCAGCGAACGGCUACGAUGGAUACGACUCUGAAACCGAGCGUGCGCCCUCACGCUCUCGAAGCCGUUCCAGACAUCGAAGACAUUCUCGCGAUAGCUAUGAUUCGCGAGACCGCAGUAGACGCAGAAACGACAGCCGAGCCCAAUUGGCACCGCCGCAGAGAGGUAAGCCUGGGAUUCGGAACCAUAUCGAUACAUCGGAACGAGGACUUGGAUAUAGUGCAGUUGGUGCUUUGGCGGGAGGUUUAGUCGGCAGUGAAUUUGGCAAGGGAGCGGUUCCUUCUGCUAUUGGGGCUGUAUUGGGCGCUGUCGGUGCUAACGCUUUUCAAGCUAGGGAGAGGUAUGUCGACCCUCGAUCCUUGCGAAGCGCGCAGAAUCCGUCAUUUCGGUCAAGGACUAUGCCAUCGCCGAACAUCAGCAGCAAACAAGGUAAGAAUUUAGCUGUUGGUAUCGGCUUUUGGCAAGGGAAUUGACCAAUGAGAUGGAACUAUGCGCGUGAUGAUUGCUUUCUUUGUGAAUCAUGAAUGCUAAUAUUGUGAAUUCUUCUUGCAGACGAAAAGAAGGGCAGAGAAGUGAAGGAUGGUCGAAUUCACAAGACGGGGGGAGCCCAUAUGGUCAUCGGGGAAGGAGCGGUUGAAGGGGUUUCCACUCCUCCGCCCAGAUCGAACCCUCAUUCUGUACCUAACAAGGUAAGUCAUGUAUACCCAUUCUCGAUCUGCUUGUAGGGUCAAUGCUGAUGCCGGUUUUGUUGAUUAGGCUCCUUCGAAGCGUGAUUGGAGCUGGACGCAGGGCUUCAAGUAG